AUGGCUUCUUCCCAAGACAAGGUCCAGCACUACCUUGGCCAGCUCGACAAGGAGCUGUCCAAGUAUCCUACCCUGCAGAACCUCGAGAAGCAGACCAAUGUCCCCAAGACGUACACCGUCAUUGGCGUCAUCACCUUGUACUUCUUCUUCAUCGUCUUCAACCUCGGCGGUCAGCUCCUGACCAACCUGGCCGGCUUUGCCAUUCCCGGAUACUACUCGCUCAAUGCCCUCUUCACUGCUAGCCAAUCUGACGACACCCAGUGGUUGACCUACUGGGUUGUCUUCUCCUUCUUCACCGUCCUGGAGAGCCUGCUUAGCGUCGUCUACUGGUUCCCCUUCUACUACACCUUCAAGUUCGUUUUCCUGCUGUGGCUCGCUCUGCCCACCUUCAGGGGUGCCGAAAUCGUCUUCCGCUCCUUCCUGGCUCCCACGCUUGGCCGGUACUUCGGCGGCUCUACCGCCCCUGGCCUGCGUGCUCAGGCCGACAAGACCGAGUAA